AAGAGGCUGUCAUUGGGAAAUAACAUGACAGAGGCGAGUUCCUCUAUUCCGUACAUGUAUUGUAAGAUUUUAAGAAAGCUUAAAAUUGUGCAUACUUCGCUUGAUACUUGCAAUGUCGUAUUAGUCUCUCUCAUACAUACGGGCAGAGACCGCAGCAUCAAUGAGUAUAAGAGCAUUGUGGGUUGUCUCACACGAGAAGGGUGAAUCUGGAAAAGCACGGUUUUCCAGACGAUACCCAACAGUUGAGUUCCGUGCCAAAUCCUUGGCUGGAGCUCAGUAUGUGGCCAUUCCGGAGGACCGUGUUAUACCCCAGCUUCUGCUGACAGAGUUGGGCCUGGUGGAUGCUGACAAACCUUAUGUAGACAUACGGGAUGACUGCGCCCGUCAGCAGCGUUCUCCAGCUGUGGAGCUCCGUGUUGAGGGCCCGGGUGGGAGAACUCUCUGGCCUGUGCUCACUGUCACUCAGGGAGGGUUAAUCCUGGCCUGCCUUCCUCUGGUGGAAGCACCCCCUGAACCCCGGCCACCUCUCCCCAGCCUGGCCUCAGUCUCUCAGGGCUUAGCUCUGUUGUCAGGCCUGCAGGAUUUCCUCUGCGGCACUGGAGGUAAACUGCCAGAGCCUGAUGUGUUGGCGUCCCGUUUGGCUGCUCUUCCCUCGAUGCUCCUGCAGGUUUGCCCUUUGGGAAGGCCACUGGACACCCCCUCUCCAGCUGGAUCAGUGCCCGCUUCUGUGGCUCCAAGCCCAGGGGGGGCUCAGAAGCAGCCUGCCUGGAAACCAGGGGUCCAUCGAGGCAGGGCGGUAGUAAGUGUGGCCCUCACAGAGAAGGUGAGGUCCAUGCAGUACGGCAAGAGCAGCCGACAGGAUCUCUGGGAUGUGUAUGGCAUGGUCAUGUGCAAAUGUGAGGUUGAAGGUGUUCUGCCCAAUGUGACGGUCACCCUCACACUCCCAGCCAACGGCUCGCCUCUGCAGGACAUCCUUGUCCAUCCCUGUGUGACCUCUUUGGAUGCGAGCAUUCUUACUGCCUGCAGUGCUGAAGAGAGUGAUGGUUCUGCUUUUUCAGGACCAUACAAGUUCCCUUUCUCACCUCCUCUGGAGCUUUUCAGACUUUGCAGUUACACCUCACAGGUUCCCGUGCCACCAAUACUUGGCUCCUACCAGCUGAAGGCAGAGGAGAAUCAUUUAAAGGUUACUGUGGUCUUGAAGCUCCAUGAGAGUGUCAAAAACACCUUUGAGUACUGUGAGGCACACCUUCCAUUUUUCAACCGAAACCUGAUGGGCAGUGUGGAGGUGAAAGUGAGCUCAGGACAGCUUGAAAUUUCUAAGGAGAAGAACCUGCUGGUUUGGGUCCUUGGUCAGAAGUUUCCGAAAUCUCGUGAAGUAACACUGGAGGGGGUUGUUAAUUUUUCAGGGACUGUUGCUGGACCGACAGACCCUCUGUGCACUGGUCUUACCGCUUAUAUAAAGCUUUACUUCCGUGUGCCAGAUUUGACUUUAUCUGGAUGCUGUGUGGACCAACACUCCGUGCAGGUGUACUCAUCUGCCAAACCGCGAAUUGUCACAACACGAGAGCUGGUCUCCUCAGAAUACUACAUCUGGAACUCCACAGGUGAUGCCCCGGUCUCUUCUGGAAAUAUGAUACUGUGAUAUCUUCUCACUAAUGCACAGUUGCCUUAAUACAUUACUGCUUAUGUAUACAGCACAUGCUGACAAAUGUUUACUCAAUUAACUUACUUUGUAACUUUGUAACUGUUACUGUGUAACAUUGAGGCCAUGAGGAAGCAAUCCUGGAAAUGUUGCCUACUCAAAUAGUAACCACUGUCAUAGCUCACAUUAUGGCAUUCAUAUACUGUAUGGAUUUUCAAAUAUGUCAAAGUUAAAUAUAAAA